AGAUAGGAAGACGCCCACUGAGCACCACGUCAGCUUGCCCAUUGAAGCCCCCAUACGGAGAACCAGACUCUCGGGCGAAGCGACCGUCACAGCCGCCGGCGCGACCGCCGUUUGCUCCACGCCGUGGCGAUAUAAACCCUAGCAAACAAAUCGAUAUCAAGCGGGAACGCCCAUCCCUACAUCUCUCGCGGAUUUAUUAUCGCAAUAUGGUUGCACCACUUUUAGCAGGCAUUGCAGUAGCUGCUACUGCUUAUGCUGGUAAAUAUGGAAUCCAAGCCUGGCAGGCAUACAAGGCACGGCCUGUUGUUCCUCGGUUGCGAAAAUUUUAUGAAGGUGGCUUCCAACCUACCAUGACUAGAAGAGAAGCUGCUCUAAUUCUUGGAGUUAGGGAAAGCACCCCGCCAGAUAAGGUCAAAGAAGCGCACAAAAAGGUUAUGGUUGCCAACCAUCCAGAUGCGGGAGGAAGCGAUUACCUUGCUUCAAAAAUCAACGAGGCAAAAGAUGUGUUGCUAGGGAAGACCAAAGGCGGAGGAUCUGCAUUUUGAUGUUUCCCCCUCUUAUUAAGAGUCCUGGUGCUGCCUCCCAGUUAAAUCAGAAGACUGAAUUAAUUAGAGAAAAGGUGGAGAGCUUGAUUUUUUAUUAUAUCUUUAUUACACUUACCUAGACCAUCUUCAAUCUCUUUUCAGCUAGCCUAAACUUCAAAUAAGCUGGCACCUUUAAAAAAAUACUGUGAAAAAUUUUGUUGUGCAUCCGCUAAGAGUACCAUCAAAUGUAUUACUUUUAAUGUGGAGGACAUGUAAACACUAAUCACCGGAUGUUCUCAAAUUUGUUAUGCAUUGUGGCUAUCAGAUACUGGAAUUGUUUGAUUUUGAGCAAACGACCUGGAGAAAUGAUAAUGUGGCAUGAAAUAUACACCAUGAAAA